AUUAACUUCAUGUGUUCAAUACGCAGACUACGUUAAUGAAGUCUUUCUUUGUUAGAAUAAUAUAACACCAGCCAAAGUUGCAUUAUGGUUGGUUGUUGCAAAUCACGUGAAGUAAUUGAUGACGUUAAAAAUGUUGCCGAAAUGACAGAAAAAAUUACUAAAAAGGCUGGUGCAGUUAAAAUAGCAGAUGUAGUGGGAAGUGUUUCCAAAGCUGUCAAUGCAGUCGACGGAGCUACAAAUGCGUUUGAAAGUUUUAAGAAUGGUGAUAUAUUGGAAGGCGCUGGUCAUAUGGCUAAUGCUGUUGAAAACACGGCUGGUGUAACACAAACUAUAGCUGGAAUAGCCGGCGCUGAAGAUGUUGCUAAUGUUGCUAACAUUGUAGGAGAUUCUGCCAAUUUAGCUGGUAAAGCUGUCGACAUUGGCGGAGAUGCGGUUAGGGUUGCCAAACAUUGCUGUACUGUUAUGUGAAUUAUUCAAUCUGAGAAAUUCAGUUAUUUUAAAUGAAUUGGAAUAACAAAAAAAUAUGUUCAAAGUAACAUAUGAUAUAACAUUGUAAGUUAGAAAAAAGGAAAUUUUGUUUACAUGUAUUAACAAACUCAUGAGCAAAUACUUAUUAGUUUAAUAUUUUUGAUCCAGAUUGAAUUACAUCUGUCAAAAAGCAACCAAAACGACAUUAGCGAUCAAACUACAUCGACUUCUAGAUAUCUCCGUGUUCACAAAAGCUGUCAAGAGAUAUAAAUAUCUUCUCGUUAAAGCAAAUGCCCGGAGUUCUAACUUUAGACAAACACAUGCACAUCAGUAUAAAUUAAUUAUGAGGUGCUCCUUUAUCA